CACGCACGCACGGUAUAUAAAAGGAAUUGACUUCACACGGGACUUGAACUUCUGGACCGGCUUUCGUCCUGGCAACGUUUCAUAUUGGAAUCCCGUUUUGACUUUUAACGGACAUUUACAGCAAAAAUAACACUUUUAAAAGUCGUAGAGCCAUUGACUCAACAACUUGGGCUGUUCUUCAUACAAUGCCAAACUUUGGUUCAAGAUAUACAGCGAACAGUAUGGAACCUACAUAUAUUUAUGAUCUAAGUGAUGAUGAUGGUUUGAUGUCCGAUGCUACAACAAUAAUCUGUGAUUCUCUGUCAGAACCUACAACAGAUAACCUUCAUGACAUGAGCUGCUACAUUUCUGAUGAUGUGGUCAGUGAGGAAUCUAUUAUAAUAUGUGACACUCCAAGAAGAAUUACAAGAGGUGCUGUACAUACACGCAGAACAGCUGCAACAAAAAGAUUACGGAAGCAAAAUCGUUCGAAAAAUAAUAAUAUUGGCAGUUCAGCAAAUGAUCCUAUAUUGAUUGCUGAUGAACCUAUAAUUGAGAGCAGUUCAAAUAGAGAAAAUGUGGCAUCGACGUCAGAAACUGAAUCAGAAUCACAAAGAACCUCCCCAGCAGCUCAGAUCUGUCCAUUGUGUUUGGAGACAUUUGAAAAUAUCCGGAGUAAAAAUAUAAAAUUCAGAGCCACAUUAUGUGGUCACAUAUUUUGUGAAAUGUGUCUGUCAAAAUGUCCCACUUUAAACUAUAAAUGUCCUGUGUGCCGUAAACCAGUAAAACCAAAGCAAUUUAUCCAUUUAUUUCUGUGAACAAUAAGUUUUAUUUUUUCUUCUUUCUUUCGUCAUUUGCCAGCAAUGGUCUUUAGAAUAAAUUGGAAAAUGCUAAUAAUCUGAGUGGGACGGGGGAUGAAAUAAAACUUGUAUGUACAAACCAUAACAUUGACACUCGAUUUGGUUCCAGAAAAUCGUUUUUUAAGUGAAUUCCAUCAGCUGCAAUACUGCAUUGUAUUGUUAUUUUAUGUAUGAUGUAUAUAAAUCAGAAUUUGAAUAUUAGAAACGGGUUUUAAAUACAAGAAUAUUUAAAAUAAAUUCGUAUAUAUAAACAUUUGUCAAAUAUGUACAUAGAUUUGAUAAAUUUUCGUUUUUAAUCAUAUUUGUGACCAACCCACUCCACCCCAUCACUACCAGUCAUAAACUUUUGCCAUGUUUUGUACCCUCCCUCUCAUUUAAAUAAACUUUUUAAGAGACAUUUCUUCCCUUUCACUUGAAAUAAAGAGAAAGUUGAGCUUCCUCAGCGAAUUCCCUUUUUAAUACACUCACAGGAGACCCUAAGCUGUGGUGGCGGUUUUAUCUAUAGAAUAUGUUAAAUUGAAUUAAAUUAUUUCCU